AUGGACACCACCAGCGCUAUCGAACAACUCCGCCAAGGCCAAAAGCCGCAAUGGCCUGCAAAUGCCGAGUCAUUCGACUUUGCUCGGACCCUUGAUGAGAGUACCGAGAUACCGCAUACAUUCCGUCCCGAAUUUAUUGUCCCCAGCAAGGCGCAGCUCAAGCGAAAGACUCUCAAAGACGAUGCACAAACCGCAAAUCCAGCAACGAGUGCAGAGGACGAGGCCAUUUACUUUUGCGGCAACUCGCUGGGUCUCCAGCCGAAAGCUGUCGGCGAACACAUGAACGCAUACCUCAAAACAUGGGGUUCAAUAGUUGUUGGUGGCCAUUUCACCGCUCUUGAGGACUCGCCAAUCACUCCUUACCAAGACAUGGCCGCUGCAUGUUCAAGAAAAAUGGCCAAUGUUGUCGGUGCAUCGCCUUCGGAAAUUGUUGCCAUGAACACAUUGACCAUCAACCUGCAUUUGAUGAUGGCGGCUUUCUAUAAGCCAACUGAGAAGAAACACAAGAUAAUGUGCGAGUGGCGGCCGUUUCCCAGCGAUUGGUAUGCGAUUGAGUCGCAAAUCGAGUGGCACGGACUAGACCCGAAGAAGUCGAUGCUUCUGGUAGAGCCAGACGACGGAUACACCAUGACAACAAAAAACAUCCUCAAACUCAUCGAUGAUAACGCUGAUGAGCUUGCACUCAUUAUGCUACCUGGAAUUCAAUAUUACAGCGGCCAACUCCUUGAUAUCCCAGUCAUCACCGCCCAUGCACGGAAACACAACAUCACAAUCGGCUGGGACCUCGCACAUGCCGCCGGCAAUGUCGAACUCAAGCUCCACGAAUGGGACGUCGACUUUGCAUGCUGGUGUACAUACAAGUACAUGAAUGCCGGAGCCGGCGCCAUCGCAGGUGCUUUUAUCCACGAAAAGCACGGCAACAACGACCAUUACAAGGGGCUCAAGGGCUGGUACGGCCACGACAAGUCAUCUCGCUUCCAGAUGGACAACAAGUUUGUUCCUACACCCGGUGCACAGGGCUUCCAGUGCUCAAAUCCUUCAAUUGUCGACCUCACCUGUCUAUCCGGGGCUCUCAGCGUUUUCGAAAAGACAUCCAUGACCGAUCUGCGCUCAAGAUCGCUGCUGCUAACCGCCUAUGCCGAACACCUCCUUUCGCAAAUCGCCACACGAAAUAUCAAGAACGGCGAGUUUCCCUUCCAAAUCAUCACACCUACGGACCCGCGUUUCCGUGGCGCGCAGCUCAGUGUCUUGCUGCCUGAAGACAAGUUCGACGAGGCUAGUGCGAGACUGGUAGACAACGGCAUCGUAUGCGACAAGAGGAAACCGGGUAUCAUCCGUGUUGCGCCAGUACCGCUGUACAACACUUUUGGCGAUGUUUGGAGGUUUAUGCAGGUCUUUGAAGAGGCGAUAGCAACGAAGGAGAAGGAGCAGAGUCAGUUGCAGGCGGCGCCGGUACUAGAAGCGAGGCUGUAG